AUGUGUUACAGCCACCGCAAUAAGAACCCUAACCCUAAGAGGGUGCUACAGCUGCAUCUUAUACCCCAUCCCUCACCCGCCACCUCCUUUUCGCCAUUCGAGCCGGAAAUCGCCGAAGCCACCCGCUCAUACCCACUGCCAUGUUUAUAUGGCUGUUGUGAACUACCGAUGCCCAACUACCAUCGCCGCUUCAACGAGCAUCAAAGAAGAAGGCCGCCGAUUGUAACUGUGGCAACGAGCGAUCGAAAGAAGAAAUAUAUUGGUUGUCGCGUUGUGUUUCACGUGAGUACGGGUGUUUCUGCUCGUGUUUGGAUGUGUAUUCUAGAGUAUGUCGUCGUGUGUGUGCUUGUUCGGCCGGAAGUGGAGUGUAUACGUAAGGGAGAUGAGAGGGAAAAGGUUGGGGCUGACGUUGAAUAG